GUAAGUCGUUGGCAGUGAGGGAUAUUGUGGAGAUUAACACAGACGGGGGAGGGGGACGAGAGAGAGAGGGUGUUAUGUGCAACGACCUCUAAUCAGUCAGUGGUGGUGGAGUUGUCUGGAGCACAUUUGGAUGCAAAACAUAUUGAUAAAAUAACAACCAAAGGGAGGGACUGACUCUAAAAAGAGCAGAGAUGCGAUUGGUCAGCGUGGCCGGGGCACGGCUCCGCAGGGCGGCCGAGGAAGAGGAGCGGGAGCCCCCACCAGCUAACUCUUCCCCCUCGCACCGCUCCAACCACCAGUUCGCCAGCAUGAAGAGCAAGUUCUUUAAUGAGCUCACGCACCUGCCAAAUCAUAAACUCAACAUGCCCAUGUGGGCAGUGGGAGCCAUCGUGGUUGUAGUCCUUGCCCUUAUCGCCUGCAUGGGAUUCUGCAUCUACAAGAAGUGCUUCGGUGGCAAGAAGCCUAAGAAGGUCAGAGAAAGGAAGGCAGGACGAGGGCGCAGGAAGAAGGACAAAGACGGAGAGGAGGGAGAUGAUAAGAAGGAGGGAGAGGAAGGGAAGGAAGAUGAGGAGAAGGAAAAUCUUGGCAAACUGGAGUACACACUGGACUAUAACUUUACUGAUAACCAGCUGAUAGUUGGCAUCCUCCAGGCUCAGGACCUCCCAGCCAUGGAUUUAGGGGGGACCUCAGAUCCCUAUGUCAAAGUCUACAUGCUGCCGGACAAGAAGAAGAAGUUUGAGACCAAAGUCCAGCGCAAGAACCUCUGUCCGGUCUUCAAUGAGACCUUCACCUUUAAGAUACCCUAUAAUGAGUUGGGUGGUCAGAUUCUGGUGCUGCAGGUGUUUGACUUUGAUCGUUUUGGUAAACAUGACACCAUCGGCGAAAUCAAGAUUCCCAUGAACAGUAUAGACCUUGCACAGCCAAUACACGAAUGGAAGGAUCUGAUUGGAGGAGAGAAAGAGGAGCAAGAGAAGCUAGGUGAUAUCUGCAUUUCCCUUCGUUACGUCCCUACGGCCGGUAAGCUAACAGUUAACGUCAUGGAAGCCAAGAACCUGAAAAAGAUGGAUGUUGGAGGACUGUCAGAUCCCUUUGUUAAGGUGGUGCUGCAGCACAAUGGGAAGCGAAUAAAGAAGAAGAAGACGUCAGUGAAACAAAACACUCUGAAUCCUUAUUUCAAUGAGAGUUUUAGCUUUGAGAUCCCCUUCUCCAUGAUCCAGAAACUCCAGGUGAUAAUUACUGUGUAUGACUACGACAAGCUUGGCAGCAACGACGCCAUCGGCAAAUUCUGGAUCGGCUACGGUGCCUCAGGUGUCGGGCUACGCCACUGGUCAGACAUGCUGGCCAAUCCCAGGCGUCCAGUGGCCCAGUGGCACUCACUGUGCCCAGAGGAGGAGGUGGAUGCUGCUCUGAAGGCCCCCAUCCGCUAAACACACACUC